AUGGACACGUCCAGCCUCAGCGACGAAGACCCUCUCUUUGUGGCUCUCCGCGACCUCAUCUCUGCAAACCACAUCCUCCACUAUCAUGGCGUGGUCGACGCCUAUGGCCACAUCUCGGUCCGUCACCCACUCCAUCCCUCACAGUACAUAAUGUGCGGCUAUAUGGCGCCCGCCAUGGUCACUUCCGGGAGGGACCUGAUCGCCUACCACGUGUCUGACUCCAGCACGGUCGACCCGGACGCGAAGAAGGGGUACUCGGAGCGGUUUAUUCACGGCGAGAUCUUCAAGCGGUAUCCCAGCGUGAACUGCGUGAUCCACUCGCACGCCGAGGAAGUGCUGCCCUACGCCGUGAGCAUGGGCGUCACCCUGAAAGCCGUCUACCACAUGGCCGGGUUCCUCGGCUCCCGGGGCGUCAAGGUGUUCGACAUCGACCCGCUCUACCGCGAAGGCGAGCAGCGGGACAUGUUGGUCAACAACUCCCGCUUCGGCGCCGCUUUGGCCGAGAAAUUUGUGUCUGGUGCAGAGAUGCAGAGUCCCGAGGAGUCGGUCGUCCUAAUGCGUCGGCACGGCUUCACCUGCGUGGGCCGCGACAUCGUCACCGCCGUCUACCGCGCCAUCUACACGCGUAUCAACGCCGAGGCACAGACAAAGUCUAUGGUCAUCGCGGGCCUCGUGCCGGGGGGGCGUGAAGUGCUGCGUGAUGAGGGCAUGGGCAUCGGAUUCCAGGCGCUCACUGAGGAGCAGAGCGAGGGCUGCACGGUCAUGAAUGAAGGAUUUCAAGAUAAGCCUUGGAGGUUGUGGGUCAGGGAGGUCGAGAAGCAGCCCCUGUAUUACAACGACUUGAGAUAA